CUAAUGGAUGAGCUCCGGCGAGCAAAGCACAGAUGAUGAGUUUUGCAAAAUUUUGGACGCAACUACAUCACAAGAGAGAGAAGCGUAAACAAGAGCUCGCUCUCUCUCUCUCUCUCUCGGUGCGGCGGCAAUGCCAAUUAUCCAAACUCAGAGCUAUGGCAACUGGAAGGCUUCAAUCUCCGCCUACAAUCCUCCUCGGCUCUCUAGUUCCGCUGCUCAUCGCCUCAAAUCCGUACCACUCCUAACUCUCGACAAGACCGUGUUGCGCCCGGGCUCCACCGCGGACUCGACCUACCUUCGCCUAAAUUACCGCCGCGUAAGCCGCCGUUGCAAACCUUCUGUAGCAAUCAGAGCGGCAGCAAGAGGUUCCGAUUACUAUUCUACCCUCAAUGUCGGUAGAAGUGCGAGCUUGCAGGAGAUCAAGGCCUCCUAUCGCAAACUUGCUCGCAAGUAUCAUCCAGAUGUGAACAAGGGCCCUGAUGCUGAAGACAAAUUCAAAGAGAUAAGUGCUGCAUAUGAGGUCCUAUCAGAUGAUGAGAAAAGAUCUUUAUAUGAUCGCUUUGGUGAGGCAGGUUUGCGUGGUGAAUAUGAAGGGUCAGAUGCUAGUUCGCCUGGGGUGGACGCUUUUGAAGUCUUUGAUGCAUUUUUUGGUGGGUCAAAUGGGCUUUUUGGAGGACAGGAUGAACCAGAAUUCAUUAACUUCAAUUUGAGAAACAAGGGUGUCCAAGAUCUGGACAUUCGAUAUGACCUGUAUUUGAGCUUUGAAGAAUCCAUUUUUGGGGUAGAGAAGGAUAUUGAAGUUUCUUUUUUCAAGACUUGUGAUAAUUGCAGUGGCACUGGUGCCAAAUCUAGCAGUUGCAUAAAGUUGUGCAAUGAGUGUGGAGGUAGAGGAGGGGUGACUAAAACUCAGAAAACACCUUUUGGAAUUAUGUCUCAGGUAUCUAUUUGCUUGAAGUGUGGUGGUGAUGGGAGGUUAAUAACUGAUCAUUGCCGAAGAUGUGGUGGCAAUGGUAAAGUCAAAUCAAAGCGAAGUAUUAAAGUGGUCAUUCCACCUGGCGUUACUGAUGGAGCCGCAAUGCAAAUUCAAGGAGAAGGAAGCUUUGAUAAGAGAAGGGCCUUAGCUGGUGAUCUCUAUUUAGUCCUCCAUGUAGCUGAAAAACUUGGUAUCUGGAGAGAUGGUCUCAAUCUUUAUUCAAAAGUAAAUAUUGAUUAUACAGAGGCAAUACUUGGGGCUGUUAUUGAGGUGGAAACUGUCAAGGGAUUGAGAAACCUUCAGAUUCCUCCUGGAAUUCAACCUGGAGAAACAGUAAAAAUGCUAGAGAUGGGAAUUCCAGAUGUUAACAAGCCUUCUAGGCAAGGAGAUCAUCACUUUAUCGUGAGUGUCCAGAUCCCAAAACAUAUCAGUAAAGAGGAACGUGGACUAAUUGAAAAGUUGUCUUCACUCAGGGCAUCACGCAAUCACCAUUCAGUGACACAGGAAGGUGACUUUGACAAUGAAAAACUAAAACACACUUCAAGCCGUGGGAGCAAACAUGUUCCAUCUUUCUGGAACUCGGUCAAGGACUUUUUGAGGCAAAAACAAUCAGGGAAGGGAUUCUCAUCGGUUAGUACGGAGACAGCAUUGUUGUGGGGUAGCCGGCCAAGUUCUGGUUACACAAUCUCCAUCUCUGUUGUUUUUAUUUUGACAUGUAUCUUUACCUUGGCAAGAAAAGUUGGUUUCUGUACAUUAUUGCAAAGGAAACCACACAAAAAAGGUUGGCUUCAUUCCAGUAGAACUACACAAGAAUAUCAUUAAUGGUUAUUGUUGUAUCUUCCCAUCCA